AUGACGGCCAUCCGACUACGAGAAUUUGUAGAGCGUCGCCCAACGGUUCCACCUAGUAUAUUUAUCUGUCACCAAGGAAGGGACAUCAGAGGCUACUACCCUGGGCAACUGGCAAGACUCCAUUUUGACUACAGCGUGAAGAGGGCUCCAAGAACACUUAUAGACCUGGCAAUUCCACCCAAAAGCAAAACUGCGUACCAGCCUCAAUUAGACCAGCAGACACUCAUUCGAUACAUUCGUUUUGGAAAAUUGUCAAGGCCUACAGGCACAUGGUAUAAUGAAACAACUUACCAAAGAGACUACUCCCUGCCAUUUUAUGAGAUUGGUUUGGAUCAGAAAAUAGGCACACUUUCAUCAAAUCCUAGACCUCUUAAUUCACUACCAGAAAUCUACUGCUGUGCCGAGAGAAACGGCUUUUCAAGAAACACCUUUUAAAACGCACUUAAAGUGUGGUAUUCCAAGAAAACAACUUUGGGCAUUUUUUUUUUGUGAGUAAAUUAAUGGUAACAGCACUACUUGUAAGAGUGUAUGCAGAUGGAUCUAAUCCUAA